AUGGCCUCGGGGAGUAUGGCCGGCAGCAUCAGCUGCAAGGACGGGAGGAUCACCGUCUUCAACAAUCAAGGUGCUUUGCUCUUAAUGGACGGCGUGUCCCCGCAUCUCCACCGGGUCACUUCGGUGAAGAAGUCUGGAGUUUUAGCUCUGCGUCUGCAAGCGCCGGCAGCUUCAUCCAGACAUGAGGUGGAGCUUGGUGCAUGGGUCGCGUCCAAGCAGUCCACGCAGCUGGCUUGGUUGGCUGUUGCUCGCUGCAAGCUCUGGUGGAUGACCCCAGAGUGGGGAACUAUCAGUGAGCCCAUCCCGGCAGAGACCCAAAUGCUUUUGGUGCGUCUGGCAAUGGAGCCAGAGGCAGAGCAAGGCACAUACGUCUUCAUCCUUCCCCUGGUAUCGGAAUUCUUCCGGUCCAGUCUCCACAGCGCCGGCAACACCCUGAUGAUGGUGACCGAAAGCGGCGAUGCCGCAAAGCAGUCCUCGGAGGUUGAUCCAGCCUUGCUGAUCUCCGCGGGAGUCGAUCCGUUCGAGACUAUCCACAGGGGGUUCGAGGCGGCCGCACGCUUGCCAGGAGUGAACUUCACCUUGCGCGAGGAGAAGAUGGUGCCCAGAAGCCUGCGCGAGUUUGGUUGGUGCACCUGGGAUGCCUUCAUGAACUUGUCCGAGUACCGAAGCUAUGUCACGCCUGAGGGGAUCAUUGACGGUGUCCGGGGCUUCUCCCGAGGUGGUGUUCCGGUACGUCGCAUCAUCGUUGAUGAUGGGUGGCAGACCACGGGCGUCGAUGCUCAGACCGAGCGCGAAGUUAUCCUGGACCACACCGCGCAUCCAGCUGAAGCUUGUGCACCCUCCUGCAUAACUGCCCUAGCCAAGCAGCCCGUGAGCAAGCCGGAGGCACAGAUUUUGACGAACAACCCUUGCAGCGAGUCUUGCCACAAGAUCCCACGUCCAAGUGGAUUAGGCCGCGUCCUCUUUGAGAAAGUGUACUCGGUCAUGAUUGAUGGGGCCAGGACUGGCAGCACCCUGCUAAAGUGCUACCAGGGUCUGACGCAGUGCUUGCCCGCAACUUACCGCAAGACACUGGCGCGUCAGGGCCCUGAUCAGGGCAAGCGCUUGCGCUCCUUCAGGGCCAACCGCACCUUCGAGCGUGAAGAUGGCACGAGCAUGAAGAACCUCGUGUCCAAGCUGAAGUCCGAGCUUGAGGUCCGAAGUGUUUACUGCUGGCACCACUUAGUUGGAUACUGGUGUGGCCUCGAACCGCUCUCUGAGCACUUUCAGGGCCUGGACCUGCAGCGCAGAGAAGUCGCCUUCACCAAGGGCAUCUCCCAUGUCGAGCCCUCGAUGGAGUUCAGCACCUUCAAAUCCAUGCAGCUUGGCAUGCCUGAAGGUGAUCAGGGCGCAACCAAGCUUUACGAUGGCCUCCAUGGCUACUUGCACGAGGCGGGCGUGGAUGGCGUCAAAGUGGACGGGCAGUCGAUUCUCUCCCAAGUCGGCCAGGGUCAGGGCGGCGGCCCCGCCGUGUCCCGCAAGUACAUCUCGGCGCUGGAAGCCUCAGCGCAGAAGCACUUCAGAUCUGCUGCAGAGGUCAUCACAUGCAUGUCCCAUGCCAACGACGCGCUCCUCAACUACAAGCAGGCUGCCUAUUGUCGAGUCAGUGACGACUUCUUCCCAGAUGACGCAGCGUCACAGGCAUGUCACAUUUGCUCAUGCGCCUUCAACGGCCUGUUCUUGUCUGAGCUCUUCAUCGGUGACUGGGACAUGUUUCACAGCAAACAUCCUUCCAGUGAGAUGCAUGCCGCAGCCCGUGCAAUUUCUGGGGGGCCGGUCUACGUGUCAGACCGCCCUGGUGAGCAUGAUUUCGGGCUUUUGCGAGAGCUGGCUACGCCGGAUGGGGAGCUCCUGCUUUGUGACGGUCCUGCACGGCCAACCCGUGAUUGCCUCUUCCGUGACCCUCAGAAGGACGGCCGGACGGUCCUUAAGCUCUUCAACACGAAUGGUGAUGGCAAGUUGGGAGUUUUGGCAUUGUUCAACAUCCAAGGCUCGUCGUGGGAUCGCUCCCGCAGGCGUUUUACCAUGUUCCAACAGAAGGAUGCUCCCUUGCAAGCGCGGGCUCGACCUCGGGACGUGGAGCCUUUCCGCUCCGCCUCGCCAAGCCCACAUGCAACCGGUGAGUUUGCUGCCUUCUUGCGGUCCAAGCCUCUGGAGGUGUUGAUUCUGCCUGAUGGCUACCACAGCAUCUUGGUGGAGUUGGGUGGGCGAACUGCUCAGAAAUUCGAGCUCAUCACGUUCAGCCCUAUCUGGCAAAUUCCCAGCAGUGAGGCCCGAUUUGCAGCCGUUGGCUUCAAGAACAUGAUGAACCCAGGAGGAGCUGUUCAGGAUCUGCAGCUCCUGCCGGAUGUUGCGGAAGUCUUUGGGCGAGGAAGCGGGCACUUCGCCUUCUAUGCUGACCCGCAGCCGAGUCGUGCCACCCUCCGGCUGGCUGCUGGGGGUGAGCCUACGGAACUGGUGUUGAAGACCUGCGAGAGCCACGAGAACGGCAACGCCAAGCACGAUGACCACCUCACAUCGCUGCCCCUGCGCUACGUCGUCAUUCCCUCUACUUGGGCGGCAGAUACAUGGGCCCUUCACUUUGAGUGGUGA